ACUGGGACCCACCCAGCCGCGGAGACCUACUGCCCACAACAGUGCGUCAGGAUGAAGCUGCUGCUGCUGAGCCUUGGGCUGGGCCUGGCCUGUGCCCUGCAGGACCCCGAGGAGGUGCCCGUGCAGCCGGGCUUCCGGCCUGAGGAGGUGGAGGGGCCCUGGCAGACCCUUAAGCUGGGCGCCACUGACCGGUCCGUGAUUGAGGAAGGCGGGGCCUACCGGUGCUUCAUGACCAGCAUCAGAAAUCUAGGGAACGGAAACAUGAACGUCACCUACUUCCACAGGAAUGAGCACGGGAAGUGCGUGGAGGAAUUCUUCAUUGGGGAGAAGACCGAUACCCCUGGCCUCUACACUUUCGAGUACAAAGGCAAGAACACCCUGACUUUUGUGGCCGUGGGCAGUGACUUUACCAUCAUGGACUUCCAGAAUGACAACCUGGACCUCGCGGUGGUUGAGCUGCAGGUCCGGCCUCCCUCUCUCUCCGUGAGUCCACCAGGGCAGGAGGCCUACAGCAAGCACCUGUCCAGACGCGGCAUCGGGUCUGACAACACGGAGGACCUGACUGUGCAGGCACGGUGCCCCUCCCCCGGCUCCUAGGUCCCCGAGCGCAACGGCAACUGGAACGGGUGUCUUGCGGCCUCAACUUCCAGACAGCCCCACCCCCACCCCCCAAUAAACAGGCUCUGCAUCUGC